AGUGUUGGUGAUAUGGUACUCCAAGACUAUUAUAUAAUUUUCCACUUUGGUGAAGGAAAAACUAAGAAAAAUGUGGACGUAAGUAAAUGCAAGUUUUAAAUGCUUCCACCCCACUUGCAGCCUAAUAAUCCAAUCACCAGUCACUACAAGAGCUAAACAUAGCAAAAAACUGCCGGUAGAAGUAAUACUCCCAAAAUUAUACCAUGUAUAAGAUAACAACGGCAGGUGCCAAGGUAGCGUAAAGAUCUAAACCCAUUACCCACCCACCUUAAAUUUGGACACCACCAUCCAAAACUAAGGAAAGGGGAGAUCUUUGCCUUAUUAUUGUUGUGAUUUUCCAUUGGAAAGAGACAGAAAGAGAGGGAGGGAGGGAGGCAAUAUGUGGGAAUCGAUCUGUUUAACAUUGGCGGCCGCCGCAGGCAAUAACAUCGGCAAGGUUCUUCAGAAAAAGGGAGCCAUCAUUCUGCCUCCUCUUUCUUUCAAACUCAAGGUGAUUAGGGCAUAUGCUGUUAAUAAAGCUUGGGUCAUAGGUUUCCUAAUGGAUAUAAGUGGAGCAAUGUUAAUGUUGAGGGCAUUAUCUCAAGCUCCUGUAUCUGUCAUCCAACCAGUUUCUGGAUGUGGUCUUGCCAUUCUUUCUGUCUUCUCCCAUUUUUACCUAAAAGAAGUCAUGAAUGUCAUUGAUUGGAUUGGAAUCACUCUGGCAGGUAUUGGUACCAUAGGAGUUGGUGCUGGAGGUGAUGAGCAGGAGGCUUCUUCCAUAUCUGUUUUCCAGUUACCGUGGCUGGCAUUUAUUGUUGCCAUCUUGUUUGUAGUCCUUAAUGGAUGGCUUCGUGUCUGCAAAUGUCAACGAAGAGAACAGGAGACGAUGGAAUAUGAAGUUGUUGAAGAAAUUAUAUAUGGCUUGGAAUCUGGCAUUUUGUUUGGGAUGGCCUCGGUGAUAUCAAAGAUGGGAUUUGUUUUCUUGGAGCAGGGCUUCUCAAGGAUGUUGGUUCCUAUAUGCAUCUCAAUCAGUAUAUGCUGUAGUGCAACAGGAUUUUAUUACCAGACUCUUGGUCUAAAGCAUGGAAGGGCAAUUGUGGUGUCUACAUGUGCUGCUGUAGCAUCAAUAGUGACUGGUGUACUUUCUGGAAUGCUUGCUUUGGGAGAACGAUUGCCUUCAGCACCAGCUGCUCGACUUUCACUUCUGCUGGGAUGGCUACUCAUCAUAGUAGGUGUGAUUUUACUUGUGAGUUCCACCCGGCUACUGCGGCACCUACCACGGCCAUUACGACGCUUCAUGAGAAGCAGCAUUGAUCGGAAUUUUAAUCUGAGUCGAUCAGGGUCUCUCUGGGUUAAGGAUUCAAACCCAAGUGCUGUUAUCCAGGCAGCAACAUUGCAUCAUUUGAUAUCAACUCCAGCUAAAGAGAAAGCAUGAAUAGAAAAAAUCACCAAGUUUGCUACCAAUGCUCAAGAGAUAUUAGCUUUUGUAUCGAUCAACAUGCUUUCUUGAUGCUGCAGUGUGUUGGUCUUGUUGAGCCUGGUGUGUACAGUGUACCUUAUUACAUUCUCUUUGGAGGGCAUGAAAUUUUGGAGAUCAUUCUCUCCUAUACAUAUAUUACAUCACUGAAUUCUGAAGUAGGAAUGCUCAUAUACAUUUCAAGUUACAGUCAUAUUUGUAACUUCUCGACAGGAAGAAACUUGUGUGUUUUACUA